AUGACAGACAAGAAUAAAGGGAUCAGCAGCAGAAACCGGCAACGUGGGGGAGUGCUGAUCAGCCUCGUGAAUAAAUCAAUGUGGAUUUCGAUUCUUCUAAUUAGUUUCCUACCUGUUUCAGGUGCAUUGUGGGCAGAGAAAUCUGUAAGAGGAGUUGUGGGAAGAGCGAUCACAAUCGAUUGUCACUAUGAAGAAAAGUACCGUUGGCACACAAAGUAUUGGUGCCAUGGAUGGACUACACUGUGUUCAGUUUUAGUGGAAACAAAAAGGCAACAUGGACAGAGUGGAUGAGUGUCAAUCACAGAUAACCCGGAAUGGGGAAUAUUUACUGUUACUAUGGAGGAUCUUCACUCUGGAGAUACAGGAUGGUACGGCUGUGGAAUUUCAAUACCAGGUGUCGAUACAAGAUUUAAUUUAGAACUAAAAGUAUCUGAUGUUUCAGGUGCUUUAUGGGCAGAAGAUAAAGUAAGAGGAGUUGUGGGAAGAGCGGUCACAAUCGGUUGUCACUAUGCACCGAUGUACCGUUCACACACAAAGUAUGUGGGAUUCAGUGCACAUCAGUGCACAUCGUUAGUGAAUACAAAUGACCAAAAUGAACAGUAUGGAAGAAUGACAAUCAGAGAUAACACAGCCCAGAGAAUAUUUACUGUUACUAUGGAGAAGCUUGUCUCUAAUGAUAAAGGAGUUGACAGAUGUGGAAUUACAACAUCUGGCAGUCAUCCAGUUUUUGAUGUGCAUCUCCAAGUAUCUGAUGAACCUGUGUCUGUUCCUGUGCUUCGAUACCUGUCACCAGCAAAUGUCUCACAUCUCAGGAACUCUGUAUCACUUUCCUAUGAGUCCUUCCAGGGAUCCCUUCCCAUUCAGUACAGAUGGUAUGAACAAACCUCAUCUGGAUAUAGAAAGAUCUCAGAUACCAAUGAAUUGGCUCUACAUUUAACUUUUCUCUGUGAACUGCUGAUCAGCCUCGUGAAUAAAUCAAUGUGGAUUUCGAAUCUUCUAAUUAGUUUCCUACCUGUUUCAGGUGCAUUGUGGGCAGAGAAAAAUGUAAGAGGAGAUGUGGGAAGAGCGAUCACAAUCGAUUGUCACUAUGGAGCACAGUACCACUCAGACACAAAGUACUGGUGCCAUGGAUGGACUCCGCAAUGUUCAGUUUUAGUGAAAACAAAAGGGCAACAUGGACGGAGUGGACGAGUGUCAAUCACAGAUAACCCGGAACGGGGAAUAUUUACUGUUACUAUGGAGGAUCUUCACUCUGGAGAUACAGGAUGGUACGGCUGUGGAAUUGAAAUAACAGGUCUCGAUAAAAGAUUUAAUUUAGAACUAAAAGUAUCUGAUGAUCCUGUGUCUGUUCCUGUGGUUCGAUAUCUGUCACCAGCAAAUGUUUCACGUCUCGGGGGCUCAGUGUCACUUUCCUGUGAGUCCUUCCAGGGAUCCCUUCCCAGUCAGUACAGCUGGUAUGAACAAACCUCAUCUGGGUAUCGAAAGAUCUCAGAUACUAAUGAACUGACUCUGCGUUGUCAAUCCUUCAACCACCAGCACUAUCAAUAUUACUGUGGAGCCUCAAACUGGAAGGGAGCAAGAUCCAGUGCAAUGGUUAAUGUGACAGUCUUCAACAACAGAGAGAUCUGCAGUUAUGUGACAGCAAUCAAUGGCACCAUUUCAGGUGCUUUAUGGGCAGAGGAAUCAGUAAGAGGAGUUGUGGGAAGAGCGAUCACAAUCAAUUGCCACUAUGCACCAUUGUACCGUUCACACACAAAGUAUUUCUGCCGCAUGCGGGAUCACCAAUGCAUGUCGUUAGUGAAUACAAAUGGGACAAAUGAGCAGUAUGGAAGAAUGACAAUCAGAGAUAACACAUCCCAGGGAAUAUUUACUGUUACUAUGGAGAAGCUUGUUUCUAAUGAUAAAGGAGUUUACAGAUGUGGAAUUACAACAUCUGGCAAGCAUCCAGUGUUUGAUGUGCAUCUCCAAGUAUCUGACGAACCCCCGUCUGUUCCUUUGCUUCAAUUUUCACCACCAACAAGUGGCUCAAGUUGUGGGGACUCCGUGUCAGUGUCCUGCGAGUCUGUCCAUGGAUCCCUUCCCAUUCAGUACUCCUGGUAUGAAAAGAUGCCAUCUGUGGAUUCAAAUAUCUCUGAUACCAAUAAACUGGAUCUACCUUGCCAAUCAUUAAAAUACAAAAAAUAUCUGUAUUAUUGCAAAGCCUCAAAUGUUAAUGGAGAAGUGUCCAGUGAAAUGGUCAACGUGUCCAUCUCCAACAGUGUCAGCACCUGCAGAAUUGUGAUUGAAGUCAACAGCACGGUUUCAGGUGCAUUGUGGGCAGAGGAAUCUGUAAGAGGAGUUGUGGGAAGAUCAAUCGCAAUCGAUUGUCACUAUGAAGCAAUGUUCCCCUCACACACAAAGUAUUGGUGCCAUGGACGGACUCGUCAAUGUUCAGUUUUAGUGGAAACAAAUGGGCAACACGGACGGAGUGGACGAGUGUCAAUCACAGAUAACCCGGAAUGGGGAAUAUUUACUGUUACUAUGGAGGAUCUUCACUCUGGAGAUACAGGAUGGUACAGCUGUGGAAUUACAACACCAGGUCUCAAUCCAAUGUUUAAUGUUCAUCUACAAGUAUCUGAUGAACCUGUGUCUGCUCCUGUGGUUCGAUACCUGUCACCAGCAAAUGUCUCACGUCUCGGGGGCUCAGUGUCCGUGUCCUGUGAGUCCUUCCAGGGAUCCCUUCCCAUUCAGUACAGCUGGUAUGAACAAACCUCAUCUGGGCAUCGAAAGGUAUCAGGCACCAAUGAGCUGGCUCUACAUUGUCAAUCAUUCACCCAACAGCACCAUCAAUAUUACUGCAAUGCCUCGAAUCGGCUUGGAGCAAAAUCCAGUGCAAUGUUUAAAGUGGCAGUCUUCAACAACGGAGAAAUCUGCAGUUAUGUGACAGAAAUCAAUGGCACCAUUUCAGGUGCCUUAUGGGCAGAAGAUAAUGUAAGAGGAGUUCUGGGAAGAGCGGUUACAAUCGAUUGUCACUAUGCACUGAUGUACCAUUCACACACAAAGUAUUUGUGUCACAUGUGGGAUCGCCAAUGCACAUCGUUACUGAAUACAAAUGGGACAAAUGAGCAGUAUGGAAGAAUGACAAUCAGAGAUAACACAUCCCAGGGAAUAUUUACCGUUACUAUGGAGCAUCUUCUCUGUAAUGAUACAGGGCUUUACCGAUGUGGAAUUACAACAUCUGGCAAUCAGCUAGAGUUUGAUGUGCAUCUACAACUAUCUGACGUUUCAGAUGCAUUGCGGGCAGAGGAAUCAGUAAGAGGAGUUGUGGGAAGAGCGAUCACAAUCGAUUGUCACUAUGGAGCAAGGUACUGCUCGCACACAAAGUAUUGGUGCCACGGAUGGACUGUCCAAUGUUCAGUUUUAGUGGAAACAAAAGGGCAACACGGACGGAGUGGACGAGUGUCAAUCACAGAUACUCCGGAACGGGGAAUAUUUACUGUUACUAUGGAGGAUCUUCGCUCUGGAGAUACAGGAUGGUACAGCUGUGGAGUUACAACACCAGGUUUCGAUCCGAUGUUUAAUGUUCAUCUACAAGUAUCUGAUGAACCUGUGUCUGCUCCUGUGGUUCGAUAUCUGUCACCAGCAAAUGUCUCACGUCUCGGGGACUCAGUGACAGUGUCCUGUGAGUCUGAGCAGGGAUCACUUCCCAUUCAGUACACAUGGUAUGAAAACAAUUCAUCUGGGCAUUCAUAUAUCUCAAAUGCUAAUGAACUGGAUCUACAUUGUCAAUCCUUCAACCACACACACUAUCAAUAUUACUGCAAUGCCUCGAAUCCGCUUGGAGCAAGAUCCAGUGCAGUGGUUAAUGUGACAGUCUUCAACAACGGUGAGAUCUGCAGUUAUGUGACAGAAAUCAAUGGCACCAUUUCAGGUGCCUUAUGGGCAGAAGAUAAUGUAAGAGGAGUUCUGGGAAGAGCGGUUACAAUCGAUUGUCACUAUGCACCGAUGUACCGUUCAGACACAAAAUAUUUGUGUCGCAUGUGGGAUCGCCAAUGCACAUCAUUAGUGAAUACAAACGGGACAAAUGAGCAGUAUGGAAGAAUGACAAUCAGAGAUAACACAUCCCAGGGAAUAUUUACUGUUACUAUGGAGAAUCUUGUCUCUCAAGAUACAGGGCUUUACCGAUGUGGAAUUACAACAUCUGGCAAUCAGCUAGAGUUUGAUGUGCAUCUACAACUAUCUGACGUUUCAGAUGCAUUGCGGGCAGAGGAAUAUGUAAGCGGUGUUGUGGGAAGAGCGAUCACAAUCGAUUGUCUCUAUGAAGCAAAGUACCGCUCAGACACAAAGUAUUGGUGCCACGGAUGGACUCGUCAAUGUUCAGUUUUAGUGGAAACAAAUGGGCAACAUGGACGGAGUGGACGAGUGUCAAUCACAGAUAACCCGGAACAGGGAAUAUUUAAUGUUACUAUGGAGGAUCUUCACUCUGGAGAUACAGGAUGGUACAGCUGUGGAAUUACAACACCAGAUGCCGAUCCGAUGUUUAAUGUACAUUUACAAGUAUCUCAUGAACCCGUGUCCGUUCCUGUGCUUCGAUAUCUGUCACCAGCAAAUGUCUCACGUCUCGGGGGCUCAGUGUCAGUUUCCUGUGAGUCCCUCCAGGGAUCCCUUCCCAUUCAGUACAGCUGGCAUGAACAAACCUCAUCUGGGUAUCGAAAGGUAUCAGGCACCAAUGAACUGGCUCUGCGUUGUCAAUCCUUCAACCACCAGCACUAUCAAUAUUACUGCAGAGCCUCGAAUCGGCUUGGAGCAAGAUCCAGUGGAAUGGUUAAUGUGACAGUCUUCAACAAUGGAAAGAUCUGCAGUUAUGUGACAGAAAUCAAUGGCACCAUUUCAGGUGCUUUAUGGGCAGAAGAUAAAGUAAGAGGAGUUGUGGGAAGAGCGGUCACAAUCGAUUGUCACUAUGCACCAAUGUACCGUUCACACACAAAGUAUUUGUGCCACAUCCGGGAUCGCCAAUGCACGUCAUUAUUGAAUACAAAUGAGACAAAUGAGCAGUCUGGAAGAAUGACAAUUAGAGAUAACACAUCCCAGGGAAUAUUUACGGUUACUAUGGAGAAUCUUGUCUCUAAUGAUACAGGACAUUACAGAUGUGGAAUUACAACAUCUGGCAAGCAUCCAGCAUUUGAUGUGCAUCUACAAGUAUCUGACGAACCUGUGUCUGUUCCUGUGCUUCAAUAUCUAUCACCAGCAAAUGUCUCACGUCUCGGGGGCUCAGUGUCAGUUUCCUGUGAGUCCUUCCAGGGAUCCCUUCCCAUUCAGUACAGAUGGUAUGAACAAACCUCAUCUGGGCAUCCAAAGAUCUCAGAUACCGAUGAACUGACUCUACGUUGUCAAUCCUUCAACCACACACACCAUCAAUAUUACUGCAGAGCCUCGAAUUGGUUUGGAGCAAGAUCCAGUGCAGUGGUUAAUGUGACAGUCUUCAACAACAGUGAGAUCUGCAGUUACGUGACAGAAAUCAAUGGCACCAUUUCAGGUGCUUUAUGGGCAGAAGAUAAAGUAAGAGGAGUUGUGGGAAGAGCGGUCACAAUCGAUUGUCACUAUGCACUAAUGUACCGUUCACACACAAAGUACUUGUGCCGCAUGUGGGAUCAGCAGUGCACAUCGUUAGUGAAUACAAAUGGCCAAAAUGAGCAGUAUGGAAGAAUGACAAUUAGAGAUAACACAACCGAGGGAUUAUUUACUGUUACUAUGGAGAAUCUUGUCUCUAAUGAUACAGGGCAUUACAGAUGUGGAAUUACAACAUCCGGCAAGCAUCCAGUGUUUGAUGUGCAUCUGCAAGUAUCUGACGGACGUGAAUAUUCAUUUCCAACAGUGUCAUCUGCAAGUUUCAUGAUGUGGAAGGUGGGUCGUUGGCUGCUCCUCACUCUCCUGAUGAUGAGCACGAUUUCAGUCAUGUGGGUCACAAGGGAAACUAAGAGACGUGAUGAAUCUGAUCCUCACUGCAUGGUGGUCCAGGAGGUAAAGUGAAGACUCCCAGAUUACACUGACUGUGCUGGAAUUUUGCAUCAAGAUCAAAUGUUACUUUUUCUGCCCACUUUGCAGUGUGAGAAUUCAACUGUUGACUCCAUGAAGACAAAAAAAUAACAAGACAAUGUCAUCAUCCUUCCAGGCAGUGACUUUGACUUUUGAAUUCCUUCUCCAACAUGUUACCCACGAUUAUAUCAAUAUUACAGCAGUUUACCCAAACCCAGCAAAAAUUUUAAACCUUAUAUAACUGUGAACUGAUUAAUAGCGUUUGAAACUGUUAAACUUUGUUCUAUAGAUACAAAUGCCUGCAGAUGUUGUUUAUGCUAAUAACCAAUGAAUGAUAAUGAAUUAAAAUGCUUCUUCAUAAACUGAUAUUAUCAGUUUAUGUUCUGAUCUGAAGUGCAUUCAUGGGAAAUAGAUCACAUUCAAGCUCUUAGACUUCCCUUUGCUGUCAACAGUUGUGAAUCUUCAGUAAAGUGAAACAGUUAAUCACUCAUUCUGACAUUCAAUCAGAACAAUUUUAUGAAGCAUCAGCUUUACUUUUAUCUCUUCAGAAGCUGUCUGACCUACUGGGUAAUUCUAUUAUUCACAUGUAAAGUGGGGUUUCAUAUUUUUCUUUGUUACUGUUUUUGUUAAUCAAAAUGGUUUCUUUGUUUGUUAAAAGUAGGAAUGCAUCUUUGUUUUGAAAGAGUGCUGGAAGCUUGUUUGGGUUAAAACUUACUGAUAAGGAGAAUUGUAUUCCUGUGUAAACCAAUUGGGAUUAAUGUUGUUCUUUCUUCUGAGUCUGUAAGCUAUUGCUGGCGGGCAUUUUGGGGAGAUCGGCGUGAGGAGGUGAGCGAGAGAGGACAUGAUGCUGUAAACUGGGCAAGGAAUGGACCCCAAGUGGGAGUCCAAGGCCAGGAGGUACCCCAAGGAGAGGAGACGAAAAUAGAUGUGUUUGCUUGACCACUUCAGAUGGUCCUGAGCUGCGAGUCGAGGAGUUCAGAGGGAAUCAAAUGGUGGCCAGAAGACUUCAGUAAUUGAGCUCCAACAGUUGUGCAUGAAGUGGUUUGGACUUUGAUAAGUUUGGCGCCUUUUCUUUAUUUUCUUUUCCUUCAUAUGUACUGUAUCGUUAUUAAUCACUUAGUUAUAGUAACCUUUAUAAAUUGUACUCCUUUA